UCUGAGUGGUGCAAUGGCAGUGGCUAUGUGGGGGUGGGGAUCCUUUGCUCAAUGACCUCCCCACACUGGUGCUCAAGGCGAUUCAGCUACAGGAGGAGGCCUGGAUCACAGCUGGUUGGGGGCUGCCCCAGGGGCACUGGCAGCCCCAGCUUCUGACUCUCCUCUACGUGAGGAUGGAAUAGGGCUUUGCAGGUGGGUGCCCAGCUUACCUGCUCCACCAGAAGCCACCCAGGGGCACACACAGCCCAGGCAGGGUCCCCAAUCCCUCCAAGCACCAUGGUACAGCCACGCUGACGCAGAAGUAGGGGCCUCAAGGCAGGGCACCUGGAAUGGGCUGUUUGUUCUGCAAGAAGCUGGAACGGGGGUCCAAGGAGGAUGAUGGCCUGGAAGGGAACUUCAGGGCCUCUGGGGCUGCUAACCGCUACGGCCCCGACCCCACACAGGGCCGGCCGGCCUCCUCUUUCACCCACAUCCCCAACUACAACAGCUUCUCCCCUCAGCCAACCAGUCACACCUUCCUUGGAGCUAGCAAUGUCAAGGGCAUCUCAGGCAGUGGGGUGACCCUGUUCAUCGCCCUAUACGACUAUGAGGCCCGCACAGAAGAUGACCUCACCUUCACCAAGGGCGAGAAGUUCCACAUCCUGAACAACACCGAGGGUGACUGGUGGGAGGCUCGGUCUCUGAGCUCCGGACAAACUGGCUACAUCCCCAGCAACUAUGUGGCCCCCGUGGAUUCCAUCCAAGCUGAGGAGUGGUACUUUGGAAAGAUUGGGAGGAAGGAUGCUGAGAGGCAGCUGCUGUGCCCGGGUAACCCGCAGGGGACCUUUCUCGUUCGGGAAAGUGAAACCACCAAAGGCGCCUACUCCCUGUCCAUCCGUGACUGGGACCCGAGCCGAGGUGAACAUGUGAAACAUUAUAAGAUCCGCAAGUUGGACACGGGCGGCUACUACAUCACCACGCGGGUCCAGUUCGACUCAGUGCAGGAGCUGGUGAAGCACUACAGGGAAGUGAAUGAUGGGCUGUGCCAGCUGCUCACUGUGGCCUGCACCACCAUGAAACCCCAGACGCUGGGCCUGGCCAAGGAUGCCUGGGAGAUCAGCCGUGCCUCCAUUGGACUGGAGCGCCGGCUGGGCAGCGGCUGCUUCGGGGACGUGUGGCUGGGCACGUGGAACGGCACCACCAAAGUAGCUGUGAAGACGCUGAAGCCGGGCACCAUGUCGCCAACGGCCUUCCUGGAAGAGGCACAGGUCAUGAAACUGCUGCGGCACGACAAGCUGGUGCAGCUGUAUGCUGUGGUGUCAGAGGAGCCCAUCUACAUUGUGACCGAGUACAUGUGCCAUGGUAGCUUGCUGGAGUUCCUCAAAGACCAAGAGGGCCAGGAUUUAAAGCUGCCCCAACUGGUGGACAUGGCAGCCCAGGUGGCUGAGGGCAUGGCCUAUGUGGAGCGCAUGAACUACAUCCAUCGUGACCUGCGGGCCGCCAACAUCCUGGUCGGGGAGCGGCUCGUGUGCAAGAUCGCCGACUUUGGCCUGGCCCGCCUUAUCACAGAUGAUGAGUACAACCCCCGGCAAGGAACCAAGUUCCCCAUCAAGUGGACGGCACCAGAGGCCGCACUGUUUGGCAGAUUCACCAUCAAGUCAGACGUGUGGUCCUUUGGGAUUCUGCUCACAGAGCUCAUCUGCAAGGGCCGAGUCCCCUACCCAGGUAUGAAUAAUCGGGAAGUGCUAGAGCAGGUGGAGCAUGGCUACCACAUGCCAUGCCCUCCGGGCUGCCCCGCAUCGCUGUAUGAGGUCAUGGAGCAGACAUGGCGCCUGGAGCCCGAGGAGCGACCCACCUUUGAGUAUCUACAGUCCUUCCUGGAAGAUUACUUCACCUCCACGGAGCCACAGUACCAGCCUGGGGAUCAGACCUAGCCAGUCCCAGGUGCCACCCAUCUUGCGGAGAUGCCCAGCAGCCCUUGCACAGCCCCGGGACUCUCAACUAGAGCCUCUAGGCUGUGAGCCCCAUAAGGUCAGGGUCAGAGGAGGCAGGUGGUCUGACACCUGUCAGGCCAUCCUGCUUUACAGAUGGGGGCAAGGGGCUCCUGGAACUCAGCCCUCCUCCACUCUGCCCCAGGCGCUGCUUUCCCCCUUCCCACCUGUGUCCCCCACCCCAAGCCUCUCUGUCCCGCCCCCCAACUCAGACCUUGUGUGAUUAUUUAUAGCACUGCAGAACCCCUUCCUAGCCUCCAUUCUGCACCUGCCUUCCCACCCUCCUGCUUCCUGUCCUCCUGUUCGUCCUCCCUGUCCUGGGCCCAGGCAUUGACCCCCCUGGCUACUGUGUCACGGUCUCUUGGUGUGUGUAUGUUGGGGGCGGUUCUGCUGGGUAGAGGUCAUGAUGGCAGUCCUGCACUAAGGGGGCGGACUGCUGAGGGCUCGCCUCCUCUGAACAGUGUGUGUUCACUGAUUGUGUAAAUAAGGAAAAUGACAAUAUAAAUCUUGAAUAGGGG